AUAAACGCAAACAUUGCAUGUUUUGAUUCUCGUCAUCCAACCUAAAAGCUGGAAAAGAGACUAACACCUAUACCCUAAUAUUGUUCGACCAAUUAUACUUUGAAUUUUCAAAGUUUGUCAUUGAUCAUUUCUUCGUUUACUGAUAAUUAAAAUUAAAAAAUGGAAGAAAGUGAAAUUGAACAACGAGACAUUAGUUUUGCAUCUCAAAAUUCAGCAUCCGAUUUAUUAAACGAGGAAGGGGAGGAGAGUCAACCCAAAAUUGAAAUAACAAUCAAUAGUAUUGAAAAUAUCAUCAAAAACAAUACUUUGCCCCUUAAGAUUUCACUUGAACACGAAGACACAAUUUUAGGAGAAAGUGAAAUAAUCCGGAUCGAUGCUACUUAUGAUAAUCCAACAAAGCUUCACUACAUAAAUUUCACAGUAGGCUUACGCUAUGAAGUUAACAAUUUGAGAAGCGUUUCAUCGAUAGUAUCAACACCUGUCUUGAUCAAAGUGUUUGAAAUUUCGAAUAACACUAACUUACCAAGGCAAAGUUUGAAAGCUAAUAGCAAUGAGAAACUUCAAGGAGAUUCAAGGCGCUCUUCCAAAAACGAAGUCAAAAUACUAGGGAUGUGCAACGUUGAUCUUUUGCCGGUAGUUUUAGGCGAAACUGUUUGUGAUGAGAAGCUAGUCCUGGAAUUGCCAUCGUAUUCGUGGGAUGGUAACACCACUGCCUGGGCUAAUUUGCCGAGAAUCUCUCUAACAAUGCGUUUGAACGAACCUGAUGCUAUUCUUAAAGAAAAAGAUUUCAAUAUUCUUAAUAUUACCGUUGAAAGCAUCUACAAUCCGCCUUCAAUCUGUACCGAAGAAAUGGAAUAUAAAUGCGGAACCGUAUUGUACACGGAUAAUCCUGUAGAAGAAUCUUGUAUUAUAUUUGAAGCUGGAAAAUGGACGAAUUUCCACGAUGUUGAAAAGACAAAAAGUUGGGGACCUUUGCAAAAUCUUGAAAGUCGUGCUCGAUUUAGCAAAUAUAAGAUUCAUCACGACUACGAGAGCGUGAAAAGCGCUUAUAAGAAAGAAUUUGAUUUAAAAGCGGUUGUCAAAAAAGAUGUUCCAAGAGUUGAAUGGAACACGGUUCAGAGGAUUUUGUUAGAACCAGAAGACGCAGAAAAUAUACAAGACAGAAUAAAACAAUAUAAGUUUUGGCCAUUUGAAAUAUCGGUGUCAUCGAGACAAAACAAUUCCAAGCAAAAAGACAAAAACGAUGAGAGCAUAUUUAUUUAUCAAUGUUACGUCGAUGCAAGUCAGCUACUUUUUCCAGGAAGAACUAGAUCACGAGUUUUAGCUCAAUUGAGCACUCGAAAUUUGUCGGAAAUGGAAGAAAAAACCGGGUUAGAGCAAAGUAUCUUUGGCGCCGCAAUUAUCGAUGAGUCAAAAAAUAUCCGAAACAAAGAAUCCAUCGAAGUUCUAGAGAGUGCUCGGAAAAAUUCUCAAGAAACGGAAUCUUCUAGUCUUCCUAUUUUCGCGGAAAACGGAGAUCCAGUUCUCAUCCUCAUCGAAUUUGAGUUAUAUCGUCCUUUUCUUCCUGCUCGUGUCAUAGAAGAUUUUACAGAAGCAAUUCAGAUUUUAAAGAGCAAACCGAAACCAAAGGGUCCAAUUUAUUCGUACACCCCUGAUUUGGCGCAAGAACAGUAUAUAAACUGUAUAAAACAAUUGGUCGAUGUCAUUGCAGAAAAUUAUCGAGACUUUUUCGAACAAUGUGAGUGCCAGGAAAAAUGCGAUUCAAAAAAUGCCGCAUCAAAGUGUAAGGAUAAAAAUAACGCGUCAAAUGCCGACGAGGAUGUAACAUGUCCCUACUUUUACAUACCGGAUGAAUUGAGCCGUUUUAGACAAUUUCUUCACGAGACAGGAAAAUACGUGUCCAUAAGAAGCACAUUGAGAAAUAAAAUAAUCAAUCUACUCGAUCAGAAGUUCGCAAUGAAUUCGUCCGAGUGGUAUACAACAAAAAAUCAGAAUUUCGUUGCGUCGUGCUACACAUACUUAGUGGAGCAAAUGCAUACGGCGUUGAACACAAAACUGGAUGUUCGGUUAGUAGAAGAAGCUUCAAAGCCUGACAGCCCCAAAGAACUUUGGUUCCGAGCUGAAGAAGCAUACGAGUUUGAGGAUUAUGAGAAAACUGAUAAACUGAUCACCAAGAUAGUUUGCAACGAUCGAAAGAACGCGGAUUCGUGGGUUAAGUACGCGAUUCAUUUUCUGAGACGAUCCGAAAGUGCUGAAGCGAUCGAGUGUUGUCGAGAAGCCAUUGGACUGGAUAGUCGGCAUAAAAUUGCGCUACUAUUAUAUGGCAUCAUUCUCGCUAUGAAAGAAGAAUACCUGGACGCGGAAAUAUUUCUCAAAGCUGUAACUCAUUUCUAUCCGAGAUUUGCGGAAGGCUGGGCCAUUUUGCACUUGCUUUACAUUAAAAUACAAUACUAUCCAGGUAUAGACCUUACACUCGAUAUCGCCGAAAAAUGCUUGAAAGACAGAGUUCGCGAGAAGAAAGCUCUUGACGUGCUGUACGAAGAGCCUAUGGCUUGGUCAGCUAUGCUCGGCAGAAAUAAUCAAAUUUUCUUAUUAACAACAGUGCUACUGCUUAAAUUGAAUCUCUACGACUUCGCAGGUUUGGCUUUGGCCCAAGAAUUGUGUCAUGGAGAAAGAUCAGUGGAAUUUUUGUACUUCUUAAGCGUAAACAGUUACUUGCAAAAAAACUACGAAGAUGCCAUUCAACAACUGAAAGAAGCUGAAACGAUCAUCGGAUUAGAAUACAGCAUAGCUGCAUUAAUGGGCCACUCGCUUUAUAAAUCCGGAAUCAUAGAUGAGGCAAUAGAACAGUACGAAUCUGUGGACAUGUUAUACGAUAGACCGGAAAGUAUUCAUUUAGUACAUCUGAGAAUGGGUUUCCAUUACAUUGACAUUGAGGAAUACGAGCAUGCAAGAAACGUCUUUUUACGAGCUUGCAAGCAAUCGCCCACCUGCAAAACUUGGUUAGGAGUGGGAAUUUCGAGUUACUACCUCGAAAACUUCGAGGAAAGCGAAAUUGCGCUCACAGAGGCAAAUCGAAUAGAUUGCGAGGACCCGGAGGUUUGGGCUUACUUAUGUAUGCUGAGCAUGUCUUUACAUAGAUACGACGAAUUCGCGCAAUGCUACAGGAUGACGGUGAAGAACAAUCUUAGGAGUGACAAACUUUGGCGGCUUAUAACACACUCAAUGGACACUUUGGGAUUCUCGUCACCAAUCACUGUUUUCGAGAAUUCAACUGAUCGAUGUGUUUGCUGAAUGGUAAUAUAGAAUUAUGCAUGUAUACAUUAAUAAGAUCUGCAUAAAACAAAAAGGCAAAAUU